CCUUAACUUGAGAAUGUUAUGGUACACCGUCUCUGUGUCUGCUUGAUCAACUGAUGAUUGAUAGCUUUGAGGCUGCAGAUAGUCUACCUGAAAAUUAAUCUAACAAUCAGUAUUUUUUUAUCAAUCAGGUCAGUGCUGUAGCAAUGCGUCGCCUCCUUUCCAUGUUUUUACUGCUAGCCGUUAUUGGGCAGCAUGUGAGCGUUCAGUCCACAGGAAGACGUUCUGAGCGGAGCACACACAGAAGUUACAAAUCAGUGUUGACCGUGUCUAACGGAAUGUACUGGGGGUCGUGGGGGGAUCAGGACAUGUGUCCAAGUGGAACGUAUGCCGCAGGGUUCAGUCUGAGGGUGGAAAGACAUACCCCUGGUCGUCACUUUGAUGAUACAGCGCUCAAUGGGAUUCGUCUUCACUGUGUAUAUACAUCCAGAGUAUCAUCAGGCGCAUAUGCUGUGUCCAACGCAGGACACUGGGGUCAGUGGACAGAUAUCAAGUGGUGUCCUUCGGGAUUCUUAAAAGCUUUCCAGCUGAGAGUCGAAUCUGCCCAAGGAAGUGGUGAUGAUACGGCCGCAAACAACAUCAGGUUCAGCUGCAGUGAUGGUGUUGUGCUGACGGGUGACGGCACAGGCUGGGGUGAUUGGGGCAGCUGGAGCUCAGCGUGUGGUGGAAGAGGAAUCUGUGGCAUCAAGACGCGGGUAGAAAGUCCACAGGGAAAUGGAGAUGACACCGCUCUCAAUGACGCGCAAAUGUACUGCUGUGAUUAAGGUGUAGGAGGAUGACAACAAGAACAGCAAGAAGACCAAAUGGAUUGUAAUAAUUGAUCAUCAUACUAUGAUAAGCUAACAUGAGCCAUGUCAUAACAGUUUUGUAAGGGAUGAUUCACAGUCAGUCGGUCAUUAUGACAAAACAAAGCCUAAAUGAAUCUGAGGCUAACUGGACAUCAUCCCACCUAUUAUUGAAUUUGAUAUUAUUUUAUUCCUGUAAGUUUCUUAUAUUCUUCUAAAGACUCCUGAACUUCUGCUGUCAGUCAAAACGGAUGUCAAAUAUAUCAGCAUUAAAGACUUUCUAAACAGAA